AUGGUGGUGGAGAAGAAGCGUCCGCUGCAGAGCAGCAACAACGCCAACACGGCGGCAGCGAUGGACGGCAAGACGAUCGAGGAAAUGUACCAGAAGAAGAGCCAGCUGGAGCACAUCUUGCUCCGGCCCGAUACCUAUAUCGGAUCCAUCGAGAAGCACACCCAGACGCUUUGGGUCUUCGAGAGCGACGACAUGGUCCACCGCUCCGUCUCCUACGUCCCCGGCCUUUACAAGAUCUUCGACGAGAUUCUCGUCAACGCCGCCGACAACAAGCAGCGAGAUCCGUCCAUGGACGCUCUCAAGGUCACAAUCGACGUCGACCAGAACUGCAUCAGUGUCUAUAACAACGGCGACGGAGUUCCGGUCGAGAUUCACCAGGAGGAGAAGGUCUAUGUGCCGGAGUUGAUCUUCGGUCAUCUCCUGACUAGUAGUAACUACGACGACACCGUCAAGAAGACCACCGGUGGACGCAACGGCUACGGCGCCAAGCUCACUAAUAUAUUCUCCACCGAAUUCGUCAUCGAAACCGCCGACGGCAAGCGGCAGAAGAAGUACAAGCAGGUGUUCACAAACAACAUGGGGAAGAAAUCUGAACCAGUCAUCACUAAAUGCAAAGAGAGUGAGAACUGGACCCGAGUGACAUAUAAGCCUGACUUGACUAAAUUUAACAUGACAUAUCUGGAAGAAGAUGUGGUUGCAUUGAUGAAAAAGCGAGUGAUUGACAUGGCUGGAUGCCUCGGAAAGACUGUGAAGGUUGAGUUGAAUGGAAAGAGGGUCCCUGUAAAGUCGUUUCUUGAUUAUGUUGAUCUCUACUUGCAAUCUGCUGGGAAAUCUAAAGAUAUUAAACUUCCAAGGAUGACUGAGAAAGUCAAUGAUAGGUGGGAGAUUUGUGUGAGUCUCAGCGAUGGCCAGUUUCAACAGGUCAGCUUUGUGAAUAGCAUAGCUACAAUCAAGGGGGGAACUCAUGUUGAUUAUGUCACGAAUCAGAUAACCAAUCAUGUGAUGAAUGUUGUAAAUAAGAAGAAUAAGAAUGCCAACCUCAAGGCUCACAAUGUGAAGAAUUAUCUUUGGGUCUUUGUCAAUGCUCUUAUUGACAACCCUGCCUUCGAUUCCCAAACAAAGGAAACUUUGACGAUUCGCCCAAGCAGUUUUGGGUCUAAAUGUGAACUACCACAAGAGUUUUUAAAGAAAGUUGCGAAGUCUGGGGUAGUGGAAAGUCUUCUCUCUUGGGCAAAUUUCAAAAAUAACAAAGAUCUGAAGAAAACUGAUGGAACAAAAACAGAGAGACUUCAUAACAUCAACAAGUUGGAGGAUGCCAACUUAGCAGGAGGAAGGAACUCUGAAAAGUGUACCUUGAUUUUAACAGAAGGAGAUUCAGCUAAGGCUCUUGCUAUGGCGGGGCUUGCUGUUGUUGGCCGGGACCAUUAUGGUGUUUUUCCAUUGAGAGGUAAAUUGCUCAAUGUAAGAGAAGCCAGCACGACUCAACUCAGGGAUAAUGAAGAAAUCAAGAAUAUUAAGAAGAUUCUUGGUCUGCAACAAGAUAAAGAAUAUACCAACAUCAAAUCUUUAAGAUAUGGGCAUCUGAUGAUCAUGACUGAUCAGGAUCACGAUGGUUCCCAUAUAAAAGGGUUGCUGAUCAAUUUCAUUCAUUCCUUCUGGCCCUCUCUGCUAAAAGUUCCAUCAUUUUUGGUUGAGUUUAUAACGCCUAUUGUUAAGGCAACUCAUAAGAAUGGGAAAGAACUUGCAUUUUAUUCAAUGCCUGAGUAUGAAGCUUGGAGGGAAAGCUUGAGGGGUAAUGCAAGUGGCUGGACCAUUAAAUACUAUAAGGGGUUGGGAACAAGUACUUCAAAGGAAGGUAGGGACUACUUUCAGAAUCUAGAUAUGCACAAGAAAGACUUUGUUUGGAUAGAUGAGCGGGAUGGGGAGGCAAUUGAACUUGCUUUCAGUAAGAAGAAAAUAGAAGAGAGGAAGAAUUGGCUUCGGCAGUUUGAGCCUGGUACUCAUCUUGAUCAGAAGGAGAAGCUUGUAAAGUACAGUGAUUUUGUUCAUAAGGAGCUCAUACAGUUUUCCAUGGCGGAUCUGCAGAGGUCAAUACCAUCAAUGGUUGAUGGGUUGAAGCCAGGUCAAAGAAAGAUACUAUUCUGCUCCUUUAAGAGGAACUUUAUAAAGGAAGCAAAAGUUGCACAGUUUUCUGGUUAUGUGUCUGAGCAUUCUGCCUACCACCAUGGUGAGCAAAGUCUUGCGAGUACUAUCAUUGGAAUGGCACAAGAUUAUGUGGGCAGCAACAACAUCAAUUUCCUUCAACCAAAUGGUCAAUUUGGGACCCGUAACUUGGGAGGCAAAGACCAUGCAAGUGCUCGUUAUAUAUAUACUCGGCUUUCUCCUAUUACAAGGUUUCUUUUUCCAAAGGAUGAUGAUAGACUUCUUGACUACUUGAAUGAAGAUGGGCAAUCAAUAGAGCCAACCUGGUAUGUGCCAAUUAUCCCAACGGUUCUGGUGAAUGGUAGUGAAGGAAUUGGGACAGGGUGGAGCUCUUACAUCCCUAAUUAUAAUCCAAGAGACAUCGUUGCAAAUGUAAGGCGGUUGCUCAAUGGUGAUGAAAUGGUUCCAAUGGAUCCAUGGUAUAGAGGCUUUACUGGAUUUAUUGAGAAAACUGUCAAGGAAACUGGUACGAGCUACACAGCAUGCGGGAUAAUUGAGGAAGUCAACGAGACAACACUCAGAAUUUCGGAGCUGCCAAUCCGUAGGUGGACUCAAGAUUAUAAGGAAUUUCUGGAGUCUAUCUCUCAAGGGAAUGACAAGGCGAAGGAUCCUUUCAUUGAGGGUUUCACACAGCAUAGUGAUCACAGUACUGUUGAAAUUCUAGUCCACUUGCCUGAGGAGAACUUGAUGGCAGCCAGAAAAGAGGGUUUGCUGAAGAAAUUCAGACUGACCACUAGCAUAGCCACAACUAACAUGCACCUGUUUGAUCCAAAGGGUGUUAUCAAGAAAUAUGACACUGCUGAACAAAUUCUUGAGGAGUUCUUUCCCUUAAGACUUGAAUUCUAUGAGAAACGAAAGAAAGUGUUGUUGGAUAACCUUGAGUUGGAGUUGUUGAAAAUGGAAAACAAGGUUAGAUUCAUCCUUGGUGUGGUGAAUGGAGAGAUUAUUGUGAGCAAUAGGAAGAGAGCUGAUCUAUUCCUUGAGCUCCAACAGAAAGGUUUCACUCCUUUCCCAAAGAAAACAAAGUCUGUGGAGCCAGAGGUUGCUGGGGCAACUGAAGAUACAGAAGAAACAGAAGAGAACUCAGAGACUGUCAUUAGUAAUGGAGUACGAAUCAGCGAUUAUGAGUAUCUAAUUUCCAUGGCAAUUGGAACCUUGACCAUUGAGAGGGUUGAAGCUUUAUUGGCUGAUAGAGAUAAGGUCAAUGAGCAGGUUAAUGAUUUGAGAGGUUCAACUCCAAAGUCAUUGUGGUUGAAGGAUCUGGAUGUUCUUGAAGCGGAACUUAAUGAGCUGGAGAAAAGUGAGGCUCUGGCAGAUGAGGCAAAAAGGAAAUCAAGAAACAACCAAAUCAAGAAUGCUCCGGUUGGGAAGGUUUCUAAACAAGCACCUAAACCUCGAAAGAACACCAAAAAGGUUAACAAUGCAGAAGCUAUUCCAGAAAGUAGGGAAACGUCUUCCAGUUCUGCAAUGGAGAUUGAGAAACCUCCUGAGGUGAUGAAACGGAGAGGUGUGGCAGCAGGUUCAAAGAAAGCUCCUGCUAAGAAGCAAGUAAAAUCCACAGUAGUUUUGUCUGAUGACGAUGAUGAUGAAGAAAUGCUUGAUUUGAAAGAUCGGCUUGCUGCCUAUAAUCUUGAUUCAUCUCCAGAUAAGGAAACUGAAGUGCCACUAAAACCAGCCCAGAAGAAAGAAGCCAGCAAAAAGGCCACACUAAAAGACGACGAGGAUGAUGAUGACGAUGAUUUUGAGGUGGAGAUAGCAGCUGCCCCCGCAGCAGUAAAGAAGGGAGGCAGAAAGCCUGCUGGAGCUGCAAAGGCAGCAGCAGCGGCUAAGCCCCCUGUGGCAGCCAAGAAGAGAGGCGCAGCGGCUAAGAAGGACACUCAAACAUCGUCUUCUUCAGGCCAGAAGCUCUUAACCGAUAUGUUGAAGCCUGCUGCUGAGAGUUCCGGGGUUUCACCUGACCCCAAAGUGAGAAAGAUGAGGGAAUCUCCAUUCAACAAGAAGAGUGGCUCUGUGUUGAGCAGGGUUAACUUGGAAGAUGAGAUGAAUGUAAGUGAAGAGAAAACCGAAGCUCCGGCAGCUGGAAGAGCUAGGCCACAGAGGGCAGCUGCUCGUAAUAGGAAAAUGAUUCUGGUGAGUGACUCUGAGGAGGAUGCAAAUGAUAGUGAUGAGUCUGAGGUGGAGGAAAUUGAGUCCGACGAUUCUGAGUGACCAAGUUAUGUAGCUUCAGUGUAGUUUUAGCUUCUAAGAAUUCUGAGAGUGGCAGUUAAACCUGAUACGGGGAAAUUUCAGCUCAUUUCCUCUGGUACACAUUUCAAGUUUGCUACUUUAUUCUGCAACUUGAACCAAAAUUAAACAUCUUAUUGUCAACUAUCAAUCUUGAUUGGUGUUAAAUAUUUGCUACUUUGACA